CACUUUUGGCAUUGGGUGGAAAUUUACUUUUCAUCAAAGCCAAAAAAUGAAACAGAAGAAAAACAUUGUAAAGGUCAUGACUGCAUUUUUGUUGUUGUUGUCGUUUCUCCAGGAGAGCCUGAACCUCUGGACCAACAGAAACAGCAGGUGACCGUGGACGAGGGGACGGAGCUCUUCACCUACAAGGGGAACGACGUGGAGGCGUACGUGGCCACCAGCACGCCCUCUGGCCUCUACCAGCUGGAGAUGCUGUCCACAGAGAAAGACAGCAACUUCAAGGUGUACGCCACCACGACUCCAGAGUCGGACCAGCCCUACCCGGAGCUGCCCUACGACCCCCGAGUGGAUGUGACGGCACUGGGCCGGACCACGGUCACGCUGGUCUGGAAGCCGACGCCAACGGGCUUUCUGAUGGGCCAGCCCGUCCAGUAUUGUGUGGUGAUCAACAAGGAGCACAACUUCAAGAGCAUGUGUGCUGCAGAGGCUAAGAUGAGCGUGGACGAUGCCUUCAUGUUGGCUCCAAAGCCCGGCAGAGACUUCAGCCCAUUUGACUUUGCCCACUUUGGCUUUGUGCCCUCUGACAACGGUUUCGGCAAAGACCGCGGCCUCAUGAGUAACAAGAUCUCCCGGGCGUACACAGCCAAGCCCAGAGCAUUGGACAUUCAGAAGGUGUGUAUCGGCAAUAAAAACAUCUUCACCGUGUCAGACCUGAAACCGGACACGCAGUACUACUUUGACGUGUUUGCCGUGAAUUCUGCGACCAACACCAGCACGGCAUACGUGGGAACCUUCGCCCGAACUAAAGAGGAAGCCCGUCAGAAGACGGUGGAGCUGAAGGACGGCAAAGUGUCAGACGUCUUCAUCAAGAGGAAGGGCAGCAAGUUCCUGCGCUUCGCUCCGGUGUCCUCCCACCAGAGGGUCACCCUGUUCGUCCACACGUGUCUUGACGCCGUGCAGGUGCAGGUGCGGCGCGACGGCAAGUUGCUGCUCUCCCAGAACGUGGAGGGGGUUCGGCAGUUCCAGCUGCGGGGGAAGCCUAAAGCCAAGUACCUGAUCCGUCUGCGAGGAAGCAGGAAAGGGGCCUCCACUCUGAAGGUCCUCGCCACCACACGACCCAGCAGCAAGCAGCCCUUCCCGUCGCUCCCGGAGGAUACACGCAUCAAGGCCUUCGACAAGCUGCGCACCUGCUCCUCCUCCACUGUGGCCUGGCUGGGCACGCAGGACCGCAACAAAUACUGCAUCUACCGCAAGGAGGUGGCUGAGAAUUACGGCGAGGAGCAGCGACGCCGGGAGCAGAACCAGUGUGCCGGGCCGGAGACCCGCAGGAAGUCGGAGAAGGUCCUGUGCAAGUACUUCCACAGCCCGAACCUGCAGAAAGCGGUGACCACGGAGACCAUCAUGGGUCUGGAGGCGGGGAAGACCUACCUGCUGGACGUUUACGUGGUGGGACACAGUGGACACUCGGUGAAAUACCAGAGCAAACUGGUGAAAACAAGGAAAUACUGCUAAAUGACUCUGCAAAGAAUAAAUCUAUUAUAAAUAUAUAUAUUAAAUAAGUUUAUUUAACUCUAAGUGAUAUUCUACUAAGGAGUGUAUACAGACUGACUACUCACACAAGCGCACGGGGCCUGUGGCAGUGACUGAACUGUUUGUAGAGAGAGAUAUCAACCUGUAUAUUUAUGUUUACAUUUCAUGCCGGUGGCCCGUUGGCGGGAGCUGCUUCGUCACCGGGCCGGUCGUCUCUGGGGAGGCAGAACAUAAAGAGAAGAUCAUCGCUCUUUGCCCGCUGCAUGACGUUUGCUCUCGACUGUCAUAUUUGUGCGUUUUCAAAUGACGACGAGGCGGAGGAGAUGCAGCAGCCGCCCGCAUUGUAUAGAUCUCUCACUGCAUUAUUCACUACAUGUUUUAGGAGGAAUUUAAAUUAUUUUAUACUUUUCGUCUCUCUUUUUGUUUUGUUUUUAUCGAUGACAAUAAUAACUGUUACCAGGAAAUUCCAGUUUUACGAGGAAGUUGUCAUAGUUUGGACAUUCCCUUCUGUAUCUCAGCCAGUGUUUGCUCUAGAGCUCAUCUUGUAAAACGUGUUCUGUGCUGGAGAUCUGUGUUAUUAUCACUGUAUCGCUGUGCGUGUGUGUGCGUGCGUACGUGUAUGUGUGUGUGUGUGUGUGUGUGUCACAUGUACAGAGUUGUCCUGCCAAUAUCCAUGUACAUAAACACUAAAUAUAGAACCAGUAAUCCCUCUGUCA